UUUAAUACAAACCUAAGAGGGGCUUGGCUGGUUUCCAAAUAUGUCUGUAGACGCAUGCGCGAUGCUAAACAGGGCGGAGGAUCUGUCAUUAAUAUAUCUUCAGCUGCUGCACUGAACCGUGCACUAUUACCGGGGAGUCUUGCUUACGCUUCUUCAAAGAUAGCUCUUGACAUGGUCACUAAGAUAAUGGCCCUAGAAUUGGGAGUAGACAAGAUCAGAGUGAACUCAAUAGCACCAGGAGUUUUCAAAUCUGAGAUAACAGAGAACCUUGUCCAACAGAAACGUUUCCAUAAUGCUGUUUUCAAAGCAGUUCCUCUGAGAACUUUUGGAACAACAGAUCCAGCUUUAACAUCAGUGGUCCGGUACUUAAUACACAAUUCUUCGCAAUACGUAUCGGGCAAUGUUUUCAUUGUCGAUGGCGGAGGUACUUUACCAGGUGUUCCCAUUUUCUCAUCACUCUAGAAAAACUAGCUGAUGAAGACACAUACGUGGAAUCUGAUCAUUUCUUGAUCGAGAAAUAUACACUAUUAUCUGCACAAAUAAAUGGACAUGUACGUUAGAGAAAAAAUAAUGUCCCCAAUAAUGUUGUUACCAUACUGGCAGUUCACGUGCCAACUUUAAGGGGCUGUCAAUG